UGAACCAUCACCUGUCCAUUUUAGAAAGAAAUCAAAUUCAGUUGGAUCUAUUGAACUUUCAGAAUGGGUCGUGCUACUGUCUUACGGAUCAUUGUGCUAAUCACAACCAUAUCGUGGGGAGAUUCUCUUGUUCCGCUUCCAGCAGGAAGUACUCAUCAAACACCUUUUCAGAUUAAUAAACUUACGCUAGAAUCGGUUGAAAAGUUUCGACAACAAAUGGCUCGUGGAUUUCCGCUCCUUGAUCUUCCCGUGCUGGCGCCAUUCACGUGGAAGGAACUUCAUAUAAAUGAUUUUGAUAACAACAUACUCCGAUUAAGCGCGAAGCUAAAAGACGGCAUCACACGCGGGCUGGAUGUGUUCGAUGUUACAGCACUAAAUGUACAGAUUUCAGACCGGAAGCUGGAUUUUCAACUGACCUUUCCAUCGCUCCAGACGAGCGGUCGUUAUGAGGCAAAGGGUCAGUUAGCUGGAUUCGUGCCGUUCGAUCGGUCCGGGAAAUGUUCAUUGCAGCUACGCGGACUUACUACGCAUGGCACUGUAGUGUUUGAUCUUUGGAGAAGAUAUCUCUUCGUACGCGAUGUUCAAAUCUCGUUUGCAGUGACAUCUAGCCAGGUGGAGUUUGAAAAUGUGAUGCUACUACCAUGGAACACCUUCCUGUUUAAUCGGAUAGUUUCGGGACAGAUACCGGAGUAUUUGCGCAGCAACCGCAAUGCGAUAGCGAUGAAAAUUCGAACCAAGAUUCGAUCCAAACUAAACGAAAUACUGUGGAAAUACGAUGUACCGGAUAUUAUUCGAAUCAUAAACGCAACCGCAACCACAGGGUGAGGAGAACAUUAGAAUCAGUCGACGGUUUCUAGCACGAUUCAGCAAAACAUUGUUCCAUACUUAUGUUCCCUUUCAACUCAACUUGGUAAGAUCGAACAACUUUUCUACAUCCCAACUCAGCACGUGCGUAGAUCCGCAUUCUGCAUUGACUUUUGCGUCGUCAAUGUGAUGUCAAUGUCCAAAUUCAGCAGGUGCACCUUCAAACCACGAACCUCCAGCACGCCUGAUUAGAUAGACGAUGCUCCAAAUCGGUCAACUCGAGAGCAUUGUACCCAGCCAAAGCGAUUGACAUUGACUAAUUGAUUGGGAGCAUUUCAAAGGCUUACGUCGUCCAGCAAAGUUCCGGGGUUGUGUUUUUAUUUGGGUUGCACUCCAGGUCGCCCGUUCGGACCGGGUGGUAGGUAAACUAUUUACCUUGGCCAGUCGGUUUGUAGCUCCAUAUCGUGCAAUCCUUGAAAUUGGGCUAAGUAAACUUAUCGGUCAAGUUCGGCAUGCUCACACUUCGACGGCCACCAUGUGCAUGUACACGGCUCCAUCGGGAGCUCAUGAUAAGCGGGCUGAAGUGGUCGAAGCAGUAGCUCGUUUUGGGGGACCGCUUCUCGUGCAAAGCUCCCGGAAUGGUUCAAGAUGGGAGCGGGAUUAUCCUGAAGCUUCGCUGAUAGUAAUGCACACUCGCUGGUACAGUAUCCACACCGUGAAGUGCCCCUACCGAGAGCGAGUGGAAUUUCUCGUGGGUUAAGUUUUGCAACCCCCUUUCGGGACUGCCGAUAAAGAAUCGACAGCAUGAUGAUAGGGAGUAUUGGUGGUCUUGCGCGCAGUAUUUAAACACUUCAGUCGCGACGGCAAACCAUCAGAGAUAGUUGUGUGGCGUUGCAAAGUGACACACAAAACGCCAACAGUGCGUUGUUGUUAAGUUUUUAAGUGCUAUAUUACCGUGGAACCGCUCGAGUUCUCGCGAGAUGAAGAUCUUGUUGCUUGUCGCCUGUAGCGUGCUGGUCAGCCUGGCCGGAGCACAAAAUUACCAGGAUGAGGGAUUUCUUCUGCCUCAUCCGCGUAAUAAUGCGCUGAACGAACUGAUCAUCAAGUUUCUGGAGGACUUCCGUCAGUCGAUGGUUUGUCCCAAUCCGGCUCUCGGUAUUCCCGUGCUGGCCCCGUUUGAGCUAGAACAUGUCGAAAUGGAGCUGAAGGAUAGGCUUAUCCAAUUCAAGGGAGAGCUUAACCAAGUGGUCGUAGAUGGAUUGAACGAGUUUGAAAUCAUAAAGAUCGACGUCAAGCCACUUAAACUGCGAGUGGACUUUGAGCUCUUCUUCGGUGCGCUGCGUACCAAGGGAAAGUACAAGACGAAGCUGAAGCUGAUCGGUGUGCUCCCCGUCAACCGUUUCGGCUCGUUCCGCUUCGAUUUGAAAGGUUUCACGGUAAAGGGCGGCGCAUCGGUUGCCAUCAGUGGAGACAAGCUGCAGGUGCGCGAUUUGGUCAUCACCCCAACGCUCAAGUCGGUACGCUCGGAUGUGAGGGGCAUAUUCUUGAACCCGGUGGCAAGCUUCGCCUUCAACCGCAUGGUUGAGCUGGCUGUGCCCGGCCUGAUCAACAACAAUCAGCAGGCAAUAACGCAGGCGAUCGAGCAGCAGCUCAAACCGGCCAUCAAUGAAAUGUUGGGCGACAUUUCGCUACAGGAUCUGAUUGACAUGAUUACCAGUGGAGGCGAAGGUGGUCCUGUUACCUGCUAGAGUGGCGACGACCCGUACCGUUUGCUGUGUGCCAUGUUUACCUAAAUCGUAUCGAUUAUUGUACUGAUAGAGCAAUCGCUUUCCCAAUUCGCAAAGGCUGUGUAGAUGUAUAUUGCAAAAAUUAUAACCAAUUGUAAAUGGAAAAUUAAAAGCAACGACUGUGUGCUUCCUGCAAAGAAAUACGCAAUUUUAGCUUCUUGAA